CGUCUCUGUCCCCUUCGCAAUUACCUGUUCCAGCAGAGCUGCUGUGAGCGCGAGCUGGCGAGCACAUGCCACGUUGGAAGAAGAGCCAAAACUGAAGUGAACUGCCUGUGCAAAGCGCGAGAGCGAGCGAGCACGCGAGGAGCGUUUCUUUGGGGGGGUUAAUCCACUUCCAGAAAACUUAACCAAGUGUUUUUAUUCCGACGGAUCUGAGACACUCGCAAGGAUGCACUUGUUGUCCGCCUGCUGCGCGCGUGCCCUCCUCAUCUCCGCGCUCCUGAGCCAAGUGAGCACUUUGCAGACUGUUAUUGGCAUGUAUGGGGAAACACUCGAGAUCCCGUGCAACAAUGGAGCCAUGAAAGCAGAAGAUGUCCUCAUCACUAAAUGGAAAUACGACAAAGGCGAUGGGCUAUCGGGAGACCUGCUGAUCAAGAAGAGCAACAUGAACGUCUCCAUCAGCGCCACUGAAGAAUACAGCAGCCGCGUGAGCAUGGCCUCAAACUCCAGCCUGCUGCUUUCUGCGGCCAGGCUGACUGACCAGCGGACCUUCACCUGCAUGGUGGUGUCCUCUGACAUCGUAGAGUACCCAGUUAAUGUGGUGAUCUACAAGACGCCAACAGGCCUGGAGAUUUCUGACAUAGUGAAGGAUCUAGAAAUUGGCAAACUUACUAAGCUAGGAACAUGUGUUGCACAAGAGGCCAACCCAGCUGCAAACAUCACGUGGUUAAAGAACAAUAAACCUCUGGUGGCCGAUGGCAAAGUCAUCUCCAUCCAAACCUCGGUGCGGGUCGACCCCUCCACUGGCCUCUCAACCACUUCCUCCGUGCUGGAGUACUCGGCCAACAAGGAGGACGUGGACGCCCAGUUCACCUGCAGCACUCAGCACCCCGUGGGUGCAGAGCUGGUGUCCUCGCCUGUGACCUUCACCAUCACCUACUCUACCGAGAACAUCGUGCUUCAGGUCAUUCCUCAGGAACCUCUUAAAGAAGGAGACAAUGUGACUCUGAAGUGUGAGGCAGAUGGUAACCCUCCUCCCACCAGCUUCAACUUCUACCUGAAGGGAGAGGUGGUGAAAGUGGAAUACGCAGAUAUUUACACCAUCACGAAUGUAUCGCGUGACAACACUGGAGAAUACAAAUGCUCCCUCACCGAUAACCCUGCACUGGAGGCGUCUGAGUACAUCACAGUCAACUACCUAGACAUCUAUUUAAGCUUCUCUGGGAAUAUUGUCAGAAAUGCCAGUGAGUCCUUAGAUCUGCGUGUCCAAAUAAAUGCUUCAGGAAAGGCAAAGACCUCCUGGACCAAGGAUAACGUUAAACUGGACAAACAGCCUGAAUUUAAAAAGCUGACAUACUCGGACUCCGGCCACUACGAGUGUGUGGUAACGAUGGGGCCCCUCACUCGAAAAGCUUCUUUCCACCUCGUGGUUGAAGGCGCUCCGGUCAUCACUCAGCUGUCCAAACACCGCACUGACCGCGAUCACAAACUCUUGGUUUGUACGGCCGAAGGGUCCCCAAAGCCAGCUGUUUCCUGGAGCAUCAAUGGCACCUCGAUUGAUGAGAGUCCCUUUGUCAAUGGAAAGAUAACGCACAAGAUCACAGUUGUGCCUACUGCAAACCUCACUGUCACUUGUUCAGUAUCCAAUGAGUUUGGCACAGCUAGCAGAGCUAUAAAUGUAUCAUCCCUAUUUGAGGAGGUGAGAAUGGAUAAACAAGACCAGUCAGACGAUAGUGAUCAGACCAAGUUGGUAGUUGGAGUUGUAGUCGGCCUCCUUGUUGCCACUGUGGUUAUAGGCCUGGUCUAUUGGGUCUACAUGAAGAAAUCCAAGCAAGGCAGCUGGAAGACUGGCGAGAAAGAGGACGGCUCCUCUGAGGAGGAGAAAAAGCUGGAGGAGAAUAGCCAAAAAGCUGAGGUGUAAAGAAAGAGCAACCAUCCUUUGGGAAUGUGAAAGUGAGAAAAUGGAACUUUUGCACAUUUCUCUUCACCUCUUUCUUUGGGGAAAAUCAAUCUGAGUGUACAUUGGAAUGAAGACAGUUUGGAUUUGGUUUCAGGGAGAAUUUUACUAAAAAGCAUAUCCAAACACCCCCCCCCCCCAACUCUCAUCUCCAUUCCUAAAAAAAUACACAUACAUUUAAAAAGGCGACUUAUAUGUGACACAGAUAACUUGUCUGCACUACUGAUACUCGUCAAUUAAUACAAUUCAUGUUUGUUGGAAUUUGGGAAAUUGCAAAAACUGAUUAUUUCAGUUUUGUUAGUUGAUGCAAGUAUUACUUCUAGACCAAUUGCCUUUGCUGUAUAGGCCCGUACUAGUCCAUGUCCAACUCUUUUGGCCCUUGGAGCCACAGCAGGGACCGAGAGACACCAUCACCAUCGCUUCUUAGUUUAACGUCACCGCUGUUACACAACAUCUGCCUUCAAAAUACAUUCAGUUUAUAUGUAUAUUUGUUUUAGUUUGCUCAUUCAGGUGUAGGAAAAUGUUGAACUUGAGAAUGAAAUUCCUGAAAGGGCUAAGAGUAUAUUGGUAUACUCAGCAUUAGUUGUAGGUGGUAAUAUGAUUUACAUGUUGCAUUGCAGGACGUAGGAGAGACUUUCUUUGUUUCUUUUGUUCUCUGACUGUGUGAACUGCCUUGCAAAAGAACCUGGAGAGAAAAUGAGCUCACUUCAUGCCUCUUAGUCUCUUGUUUAUUUCUCAAAAUGUUCUGUACAGUCUACAUAUCCGCUGUAAAACACAAGCAGGUAGAUUAUUGAAAGAAUGCGUUACUCAUAACUAAGUUAAUUCCCUGGUUUCCAACUGUUGUUUUAUAUGAAUUCACUGUUUGAGUUGAUGCUUUUUCCCAGGAAAACAUCCUUGUGCCUGUGGUAAUGAAAGGAUAUUUUAGUUGAGAAGUUGAUUUUUGGCU